ACGAUAAAGUACUGGUCCACAAUCCUAGCCGUGAAUUCGCCUCGAUCAUAGCUGAACAAGCGACACUUGGUGUGCAAAUUACCUUCAUAACCACAAAUGCUGAUGCUUUGGAGAUAGAAGAUCCCAGCUGGUUGACGAUCCACCCCGCUACCCCGAAGCGGGAUAUAGCACGUCUUGUACGUCCUGGCUAUUCUGUCUUUGUCGAUAUGACGUAUCUUACGAACGUUGAGUCAAUUGUUGACCGUAUUGCGUCUACAUUCACGGCCUAUUGUAGGAAAGACAACCUUAGGUCCUUGUUUGGCAAAGUGGCUUGGGAUAUGACAGAAUUACACGCGGAAGAGGUCCGUAACCGCUUUACGAAAGUCGUUGCAUGGGCUUCUACCGUAGUAACAGAGUCUUCCAGGCCGGCAUGGGGGCAUAUCCCCAUCGUUCCUAUAAAUGCCAUUCCCGAAGACAGAGACAGACUGGCACCGCUUGUUGUGGUUGAAUGGAGUGCAAGUACUGAAGUCUCCGUCAAAGUUCAGCCAGCAAGAAGAACACCAGCUUGUGUGGGAAUCAUGGCCACGGAUGAGUCACUUGGUCCAAGGCUGUAAAGAAGUAGACGAUCCGGCCACAACUAGUAAUCGAGCCAAUUUCCCGGUCAAGGCGUUGCUUGAAAAGGCACAGAGCCGCGAACAAGUUUACAAUAUUAUAUGGGACGCUUUCACUCGUAAGCUUGGUUCGUAUUUCCAAUUUGACGCUGUCCGGAUGAAUAGUACUGAGCUGAGUGCUACGCGCUUCGACCACAUGGGUAUCGAUUCUCUCACAGCAAUAGAAAUUCGCGGUUGGUUUAUGAUGACUCUUGAAGUUAACACCCCAGUUCUCAAAAUUAUGAAUGGCGGUACUGUCGGUGAACUAGUCACCGCUGCAACCGAGACUAUUCCUUCACGAUUGCUUCUGAGCUUGGAUAAGUCCUCUGUAAAAGAUGACACCUCUGCAGCAUCCUCCAACAGCCAGAAGACAACCCAUGGUUCAGGUAUAGAUAUCGAGAGGCCAGCUGCUUUCUCUCAGGAAAGAUUUGGCUCAAAUCUUGACUUGGUCCAAGAUUAUCCAAGAGCUACAAGCUCUGGUUCGGUUAUCCAAAAAUCGCUCCCCGUGUUACACAAGCGAGGUUUUAUCCUUCGGGGCUUUUCCUAGAAGAUAGGGUUGGUCUCAACCACACCGCUUGGGCUCGCAAUAUAGGGAAAAUAUAUCUCGUGAGGCUGACAAAGGCUGUGCGCGCUCUAGGCCAGCAGCACGAGAUCUUGAGGACGGCCUUCUUCGACCAAGAUGGAAAGCAAUUGCAACACAUCUUGGAGGUCACCCUCCUACACCUAGAACACCAGGAGAUUGAGAGCGA